CCCGGACCCAUAACAGUGUGAAACCAACGAGAUGGCGCGAGCGGCCAAGUCAGCUGUGGUACUCUGCAUGGAUGUGGGCUUCUCUAUGAGUAACUCGGCCCCUGGUGAGGAAGCUCCUUUCGAGCAAGCUAAAAAGAUUAUUCAGAAAUUCAUACAGCGCCAGGUCUUUGCUGAAAACAAAAAUGAGCUGGGCCUGGUCCUUUUUGGAACGGACAACACAAAGAAUCCGCUCGCUCAAGAUGGCCAGUACCAGAAUAUCUGUAUUCACCGUCAUCUGAUGAUGGCCGACUUUGAACUUCUGGAGGAAAUUGAACAUGAGCUUCACCCUGGUUCUCAGCAUGCUGACUGGCUUGAUGCUCUAGUUGUAUGCAUGGAUCUUCUACAGAAGGAAACUAUGGGGAAAAAGUACGAGAAGCUGAAUAUUGCUGUUCUCACUGACCUCAACACACCGGCCUGUGAGGAUCAGCUGGACAUCAUCAUUGGAAACUUAAAAAAAGCUGGCAUUACCCUGCAGUUCUUCCUUCCAUUUCCUGUGGAUACAGAUGAAGGGGCUGCUGGAGCGGGAGACAGACCAGGGCCGAGGCCACCCCAGAGUGGAAAAGGACUGAGCAGGGAGCAGAAGCAGGGGCUGCAGAUGGUUAGGAAGGUCAUGAAUUCUCUGGAUGAAGAAGACGGCCUAGACGAAGUCUACACUUUUAGUGAUGCUGUGGAGAGGCUGUCCAUCUUUAAGCGGAUCGAGAGAAGGCCGAUGGCUUGGCCCUGUCAGCUUACUAUUGGGAACUCCAUAUCCAUCCGCAUCAUCGGAUACAAAGCAGUUUGUGAGGAGAAGAUUAAGAAGACCUGGGCCGUAGUCGAUGCUGAGAGUCACCAAAAAGAUGACGUAAAGAGGGACACUGUCUAUUGCCUCAAUGAUGACAAUGAAACUGAAGUGCAGAAAGAUGAUGUCAUUCAGGGUUUCCGUUACGGAAGUGACAUCGUGCCAUUCUCCAAAGUGGACCAAGAGCAGAUGAAGUACAAGUCAGAUGGAAAAAGUUUUGCUGUGCUUGGCUUCUCCAAGCGGGAGCUGAUUCACCGCCAUCAUUUCAUGGGCCAGCAGAUUGUUAAGGUUUUUCCUGCCAAAGAUGAUGAGCAUGCAGCUGUUGCGCUUUCUGCUCUGAUUCAUGCUCUGAACGAUCUGAAUAUGGUGGCUAUUGUUCGUUAUGCCUACGAUCGCCGCAGCAACCCACAAGUAGGAGCAGCUUUUCCUUGCAUCAAAGACAAAUACGAGUGCUUGAUCUACGUGCAGUUACCGUACAUGGAGGACCUCCGUCAGUUCACGUUCCCUUCACUGGAGAACAAUAAGAAAUUUGCUCCAUCAGAGGCUCAGCUGUCAGCAGUGGACAAUCUCAUCAACUCUAUGAUGCUGGUGGAGGAGGGAGAAGAUGGAGAGAUGGAGGACACAUUCAAAGUCCACAAAAUCCCCAACCCACAGUUUCAGAGACUCUUCCAGUGCCUACAUCAUCGAGGUGUGAACCCAGGUGCACCCCUACCCCCCAUAGAGCCAUGGCUUAAGCGCAUACUGGAACGGCCCCAGGCCGUCUCUGCUCGCUGUCAUGCACCUCUGCAGGAGAUGAAGAAACUCUUCACCCUCAAGGAGGUGGUGCAGAAGAAGGACCAAAAGACCAGUGCAGAUGUGUUUGGGAAUAGCACUGAGGAACCAGAUGCAAAGAAGUUUAAAAUGGACGAUGGGGAGAAAUUCAGCCUAGCGGAGACCUCUGAGGGAAACAUCACCUCUGUAGGCAGUGUGAACCCUGCAGAAAACUUCCGCACUUUAGUUCAAAAGAAGACCAUUCCCUUUGACCAAGCAUGCGAGCAGCUCACCCACAGAAUGGAGCAGUUGCUGGGCAACAGGAGCACCGACUAUUACAUGAAGACCAUCGCAUGUGUCCAGGCCUUCAGAGAGCAGUCCAUUAAGGUAUCAAACGCGGAACUUUUCAACAGCUACAUGCAGUCUCUGAAGAGCAGCGUUCCAGACAAGAGUCUGCAGGAAUUCUGGGAUUUGCUUGUUGCAGAUUCUAUAACACUAAUCAGCAAGGAUGAAGUGAACAGCAGCGUUAUAUCCAAGCAAGAGGCGAACCAGUUUUUGAAAUUGGAAGAGGAAGAGGAAAUGGAGGACGCUCCUUCCCAUGAGGAUGCAGGAGAUGUGGAUGAUUUGCUGGACAUGAUGUAAACCUGGACUGUCCUUCAGUGUGGCCUUCAUUCCUUUCCACCGAGGCUCUACUUGGUCCUGUCACAAUAAUGUUUGCACUGUAUUUUUUAUGUCUUAACAAAACGCAGAAAAUAUGUAAAAUAAAUCAAAGUUAAAAAUAAAAAAAGCUGCUCCAGUUAAA